GUCUCGAGUCUGAGUGUCGCGUAACCAUGCAGGCCAAGUGUGUCAUUCUGAUUUGAAACCCCUCAAAUCAAAAAUUCAGUUUUCAUCUCAAAAUCAAUCAAACAUCUCUCUGAAGAAUUAAGAUCAGGAGGUAUGGGCGGUGAAGAAGGAGAUAAGGAGGAUGGAGAAUGUUGUUCAACACAACUAAUUGAUGGAGAUGGAGAAUUCAAUGCGACAGGACUUGAGAGUUUUAUGAAAACUGCCAAGGUUUCUGAAUGUGGUCUUUCUUAUGCUGUUGUUGCCAUCAUGGGUCCUCAAAGCAGUGGGAAGAGUACAUUAAUGAACUAUCUAUUCCGUACCAAUUUCAAGGAGAUGGAUGCUUUUAAAGGAAGGAGUCAAACUACCAAGGGAAUUUGGAUAGCAAAGUGUGUAGGUAUUGAGCCAUGCACGAUUGCCAUGGAUUUGGAGGGUACUGAUGGAAGAGAAAGAGGGGAGGAUGAUACAGCAUUUGAGAAGCAAAGUGCUCUUUUUGCUUUGGCCAUUUCAGACAUUGUACUGAUUAACAUGUGGUGUCAUGAUAUCGGUAGAGAGCAGGCUGCCAAUAAACCUCUUCUAAAAACAGUUUUUCAGGUUAUGAUGCGUUUGUUUAGUCCUCGCAAAACGACUUUGUUACUCGUCAUUCGUGAUAAAACAAAGACUCCAAUGGAGCAUUUGGAACCUGUUUUAAGAGAGGAUAUUCAGAAGAUAUGGGAUGGCGUUCCCAAGCCCGAGGCGCACAAGGAUACUCCUCUCAGUGAGUUUUUUAAUUUGGAGGUCACAGCUCUAUCUAGUUAUGAGGAAAAGGAGGAGCAGUUCAAAGAGCAGGUUGAGCAGUUAAGAAAGAGAUUUAUCCACUCUAUUGCUCCAGGAGGGCUUGCUGGUGAUAGACGGGGUGUUGUCCCUGCUUCAGGAUUUAGUUUUAGUGCACAGCAGAUAUGGAAAGUUAUCCGAGACAAUAAGGACCUUGACCUUCCUGCUCAUAAGGUAAUGGUUGCAACUUUUCGAUGUGAAGAGAUUGCCAAUGAAAAGCUCAGUCACUUGACCUCAGAUGAGGGUUGGUUGGGACUGGAUGAAGCGCUUCAAGCUGGCAUUGUGUCAGGCUUUGGAAGAAAACUCAGCUCUAUCUUAGAUGCAUAUCUUUCCCAAUAUGAUUCGGAGGCCAUCUACUUUGACGAAAGUGUAAGGAACUCAAAGCGACAGGAUCUGGAAUCGAAGGCAUUGAAUUUUGUGCACCCUGCUUACCUGACUCUGUUGGGACAUCUACGAGCCAAAUGUCUUGAUAAUUUUGGCAAAGCACUAGAACAGCCACUCAAAAGGGGAGAAGGAUUUGCUGCCUCUGUCCGCAGUUGUGUUGAGUCUUCUAUGCUCGAGUUUGAUCAAGGGUGUGCAGAUGCUUCUGUAAAGCAAGCAGACUGGGAUGCUUCGAAAGUCAGUGUGAAGCUACGCCGUGAUAUUGAAGAACAAGCAGUAUCUGUUCGCAGUGCAAAGUUCUCAGAACUGAUUACCAACUAUGAGAAUCAACUUACGAAAGCACUUGCUGAACCAGUAGAAUAUCUGUUUGAAUCUGCUGGAGGCGACACCUGGGCGCUAAUAAGAAAUCUUGUUCAACGUGAGACGGGGAUUGCUCGAUCAAAGUUUACCACUGCUCUUAACGGCUUCGAGUUAGACCAAGAAACAUUCGAUAAAAUGGUUCAGAAUCUACGGGAUUUUGCAAAUAACGUGGUGGAGAAAAAAGCAAGAGAAGAAGCUGGGAAGGUUUUGAUUCAUAUGAAGGAUAGGUUCUCAAAUCUCUUUAGUCAUGACAAGGAUUCGAUUCCAAGGGUUUGGACUGGAAAGGAAAACAUUAGAAAAAUAACGAUGAAUGCCUUGACCGCGUCCCUCGAGCUUUUAUCUGUGAUUUCUGCCAUUCGCUUGGAUGAGAAAACAGAUAGGAUUGAGAAUCUGCUCUAUUCUUCUCUUAUAGAUGGAAAAGUCACUCCUGUCGACCCACUUGCUACAAGCUCUUGGGAUGAGAUUCCAGAAAAGGACACACUUCUCACACCAGUCCAAUGUAAGUCAUUAUGGAGACAGUUCAAAGCAGAGACGGAAUACAUCGUUGCUCAGGCUGUUUCUGCACAGGAAGCUCAUAGGCGUAGUAGUAACAACUGGAUACCUCCUCCGUGGGCAAUUCUUGCCAUGCUUAUUCUUGGAUUCAAUGAAAUCAUGCUCCUUUUCAAGAAUCCUCUCUACCUCCUCCUUUCCUUUGUUGUAUAUUUAGUAGGAAAAGCUCUAUGGCUGCAACUAGAUAUUGGAGAGUUCAUUAAUAACCCGGUCUCUGCAUUACUUUCUGUUGCCUCGAGGUCUCUUCCAAGCAUGAUGGAAACUAUGCAGCGAUUUGCUGCAGGAGAACAAGUGCCUCAACAUACGGGCCCUCCAGCACCAUCCAGUUCUCUGCUGGGUUCUCAAAGUUUCAGCAACCAGUCAAAUCUCACGACAAGUGCUGCAGUUCCUGCGGAUUCAUCGUCGUUCGCUGAAUCCAACGACUUAAGAUCUGAGAGUAGUAACGAGCACUCAAAAUCUACACUCUCAUCAUCUUCAAGCAGCAUUGAGCGCUCAAGUUCUACAGUUAUGCAAAGGCAAGCUGCCAAUGUUGAAGCUGACCACAUGUGACUAUUCCAACUUCAGUAUAACAAAUAAGCGGCCAAGCAGUAUCCAGCCUCAUGAAUAUCAUGUUUAAUGCAUAAUUCGAUUGAUGUGGCCAAUUUUUAACAAAACAGAUGAUUUUGUAGAAUGUUACAAGCCAUUUUAAUUAUCUUCUCCGGUUAGAUUGAAAGGUACUGUUUGUCCUAUCAUCUAACUGACGUCCAGUUUUUGUUC